UUGUGGCAAACAGAUUUAUCCUCAAUCCGCUGCUGUCUGUUGAAGAGGUUGUUGACAAUAUUCAGCUUUGCUAUCUUCACCCUGAACCAGUCAUGGCAGAUUCAUGGUCACUGCCUAAACGGUCUGUAAAUAUGGAUAUAUCAUUGGGAAGUGAACUGAAUGAAAUUCUUAAAAACAGUAAGUCAAUAAGUGGACCCACCACAAAAUAUAUUCUGACCCCAACAGUUUUAACUGAUGGAGACUUGCUGAGGAAAGAGAGAAUUGGACCACAAAAUGAAGGCAAACCUAAUAAGGUCAUACUAAUGCUUGGAGAAACAGGAACAGGGAAAUCUACCCUCAUCAAUGCAAUGAUCAAUUACAUCAUGGGCAUCAGAUGGGAACACAAGUUGUGGCUGGAAGUCACUGAGAUACCUGAAGACCAAACGCAGUCUCAGACAAAAGUAGUGACUGUCUAUGAGGUUUCUGCACAGAGCAGUCCAUUCCUUCUCACUGUUAUUGAUACUCCUGGGUUUGGUGACACAGAGGGCUUCGAUAAAGACAGACGCGUCUCUGAAGCUCUACAGCAGUUGUUCAGGUCUGAUGACGGCAUUCAUGAAAUUCAUGCCAUAUGCAUCGUGCUGAAUGCGACAGAUGUUCGACUCCAUGAGAGAAAGCGCUAUAUUUUGGAUGAAAUUCUGUCAUUAUUUGGCAAAGAUAUUGACAAACACAUCUUACUGCUCCUUACACACCAAGAAAAACAAAAGCUCCCCAAAAAAAUCCUAAAUUAUUGUAAGGAAUCUUUUGUCAAAUAUGUAAAAAAUAAUGAACAUGUUUGUUUUUUAGUUUGACAACUGUCAGAGUGAAUACUGUGAUGAUGAUGACAGAGAGAGUUAUAAAACCUCUUGGGAUAAUGGCAUUGAAAACUUCAAGCAGUUCUUUGAAUAUGUGAACAAGAUUACCCCAAUAAGCUUACACAUGACUGAAGGCGUGCUCAGAGCCAGGAAAGAGCUGGAUGCCUGUGUCAGCAAUUUACGGAGCAGAAUCGAACUGGCAGAUCUGAAAAAACAAGAACUGGAACAAACUAAAAAUGCUUUGGAUAAACUUGGAGAGGUGCAGAACAACUUUCAGUAUGAAGUUGAUGAGGCUUACAAAGAGCUGGUCCCAGUGGAUUCAUCCUGGUGGCACUUGAGCAGACAGGCGACCCGAUGUGAACACUGUGAGGAGAACUGCCACUAUCCUGGAUGCUGGUGGGUCUCAGAUCUCUCAAAGUGUAGUAUGAUGGAUAAGAGUAAAAAGUGCAAAGUCUGCUCAAAUAAGUGUGACGUCGAGAAACAUGUGAAAGAUGACAAGAAAUAUGUGAAUAAAACAAAAAGGGUCACAAAAACAAAUGAAGAUCUGAAAAAGAAAUACCAGGAGUAUGGAGAGAAAAAAAGCUUGAUGAGUAGACUGGAGAAAGACAUCCAGCAGGCAGAGGCAGAGAAGGUCAGACUUGUGGAACAGUGCUAUCAGUGUUUGGAGAAAUUAAUGGAGACGGCAUUAAAAUCUACAUCCGUCUCCUCCUUCAUCCAUCUUGACUUCAUGAUUAAGAAGAUGAACGAAACUGGAAAUCAAGAAAGAGUCCAGAAGCUUGAGGAUCUUAAAAUGAGAGGAAUUGAGGAGAAUAAGGGACUGGCUGAAAUGCUGAAAUGCUGAAGAACAUAUCUCUCAAUUGGUGAAUGCUAAUGAGGUCCAGACUAAAGAUGAUCUUAGCUGACCAGCAGUGUCUCAUCAAGUAAUCGCACGAUUACAUUAGUUUAAUUAGAAAAUGAAUUUUAUUACUUAAAGCAAAUAAGAGGAAUAGUUUGAGUUUAAGAGCUGAGAUUUUUUUAAACAUUUUUAAUAUUGUUUUACAUUGAACAGAAAAACUAUAAUAAUAAGCUUUAAAAUUCGACAUUAAGAACUUGCUUACGCAUGAAACAGCUCAACAAAUAAGCUUAUAAAUGUUUCUGGAAAAAGCAGCAUGAAGCUUUGCUGAACAUUUAUUAUUUGUUAAUUAAAUAAAAUAUGAGCAUUCACACAAACUACAACCUAUGACCUUGCUAACAAUAAAACACACAAAACUAAAGAAACUACAACAAAUAAAUAAAUCAGAAAGUGCCAUUGAUAGUCUAGUAGACCUACAGUGAAAAGCAGAGGGAAAAAAACAAAACAAAAACUAGUCACAUCCUAGAACGUAGCUAAUGUUGUUGCAUGUGUAUGUUAAUGCUCUUUGUAACCUAGGUAGACUGCUAUGUCUGUGCUAAAUAGUGUUUAUUGAUGAUUGACUGGUGGUAUAUCAAUCUUCUUGCUAUUAAAAACCUUAGACAUAUUGCUUAAGUUAGACUCAAACAACAUCACAGAAGUGUUUGAUAUGUGCACACAGCUAAUGUGGUUUACAGAAUAACCGUAUGCUUUGUAUGUUGCUACUUGUUGCACAAGUUGAGAUGAUAAAAUCUUUAAUACUUCUCUAUGAACAUUAUUCAACAAGCAUGUGUAAAUCACCAGACAUGAAUAAACUGGCUAGAAGGCAACAUCCCAUUGGCCAACUUAACCCCUGAGUUCAUGGCAUCAGCACCCUAUUUAAGGAAAGCAUGACCAGUUCACACCCUCUCUCCUCACUCUUCCUCUCCGUAUACUGGCAACUGUCAUCAGCCAAAAUGCAGAUCUUAUGCCUCACUCAAGCUGAGGCCAGGCUUCAGUCUUCUCACUAUUCAGAGACCUUCAGCAUGGAGCCGAGUCUCUCAGUCCUGGACAAUUCCAACUCAUAGCCUUGCUGGAAUGCUAAUCAGCCGAUCAGUAUGGAGAACCAACAGCAACCAAUCAUCUUAAGACAAAAGCACAGACAAAAGAACUAUGCGAGUAUGAUUUAGAUAUCAGAUAUGCCAGUUUAUCAUGUCCUUUGUUAAAACACGGAUAUUGUUCUGGUCAGCUGAAGUCUGAGCUGACGAAGUUUAAUGCUGUCUGACAUUACAGAAAUAUAUGCACACAAUUAUUCAAUAAACUGCUCUUUUAUCA